GACAUGGAGAGACACGCAGUGAGAGAUAGACAUGGAGAGACGCAGUGAGAGACAGACAUUGAGAGACACGCAGUGAGAGACAGACGUGGAAACACGCAGGGAGAGACAGACAUGAAAAUACACGCAGUGAGAGACAGACAUGGAGAGACACGCAGUGAGAGACAAACAUGGAGAGAUACGCAAUGAGAGAUAGACAUCGAGAGACACCCAGUGAGAGACACACGCAGUGAGAGACAGACAUGGAAAUACACGCAGUGAGAGACAGACAUUGAGAGACACGCAGUGAGAGAUAGACAUCGAGAGACACCCAGUGAGAGACACACGCAGUGAGAGACAGACAUGGAAAUACACGCAGUGAGAGAUAGAUAUCGAGAGACACCCAGUGAGAGACACACGCAGUGAGAGACAGACAUGGAAAUACACGCAGUGAGAGACAGACAUUGAGAGACACGCAGUGAGAGAUAGACAUGGAGAGACACGCAGUGAGAGACAGACGUGGAAACACGCAGUGAGAGACAGACAUGGAAAUACACGCAGUGAGAGACAGACAUGGAGAGACGCAGUGAGAGACAAACAUGGAGAGACACGCAAUGAGAGACAGACAAGGAGAGACAGACAUAGAGAAACACGCAGUGAGAGACAGACAUGGCGAGUCACGCAGUAAGAAAUAGACAUGGAGAGACACGCAGUGAGAGACACACGCAGUGAGAGACGGACAUGGAGACACACAGAGUGAGAGACAGACAUGGAACACGCAGUGAGAGACGGACAUGGAGACACACAGAGUGAGAGACAGACAUGGAGACACGCAAUGAGAGACAGACGUGGAGAGCCACGCAGUGAGAGACGGACAUGGAGACACACAGAGUGAGAGACAGACGUGGAGAGCCACGCAGUGAGAGACACAUGGAGAGACACGCAGUGAGAGACAGACAUGGAGAGACACGCAGUGAGAGACAGAUAUGAAGGGACACGCAAUGAGAGACAGACAUGGAGAGACAGACAUAGAGAAACACGCAGUGAGAGACAGACAUGGCGAGUCACGCAGUAAGAAAUAGACAUGGAGAGACAUGCAGUGAGAGACACACGCAGUGAGAGACGGACAUGAAGACACACAGUGAGAGACACGUGGAAAGCCACGCAGUGAGAGACACAUGGAGAGACACGCAGUGAGAGACAGACAUGAAGGGACACGCAAUGAGAGACAGACAUGGAGAGACACGCAGUGAAGGACACAUGCAGUGAGAGACUGACAUGGAAACACAUGCAGUGAGAGACACAGACAUCAGAGACAAUGCAGUGAGAGAGACACAGACAUGGAGAGACAUAAACGGCGGUAAAUAUAUCCAGCCAAGGACUCUACCAGGUGGCGGCCAUGUUGAUGCUCGUACUGACAGUAUCGCUACCAAGGACAAGAGAGCGAGCCCGAUGUUCUCAACUGCUUCCAAAAAGGAUGGUCGUCCAUCAGCUGUUGCCAUGGGAACCACAGCGGGCGCUAUCUUGGUUGUCGUAUUGCUUGGCAUCGUCCUGCUAGAUGUAACGACUCUCAUCCGCCAUCUUGGAAUUAUGAAGCACAAUUUCAGGAAGAUUCUUCAUGAAGGACAAAUCGAGAACAAAGACGAAGAGAAGAGACGUGGACGACCCAAAGAAGCCAAGACUCGCAGACCUGAGUCGAAGAAGUCAUUUUUCCCGGUAGCACCCAUGUCACAGAUGACAGACGGACGUGACAUGGCCAAGAGUCGGGGAAAGAGAAACAGCCUACAUCGAACAUCCUACAGCUCUCGCCAGAUCAUGUCGAGUGUUGUCUGAUGCUGUCAGCGUCAAGGACAUUCGUAGUGUGGGACAUCCCUUGUGGUUAUAACGUUUGCCUGCUCCAUGGAAGACCCGAGUUCGAUUUCCGAAAUGGACAAUGUGUUGUUUGGUAUCAGCCACUGUGAUUUCGAAAAAUGCAUCAUAAAAACACACUCACUCGUUCACCCCGAACACAAAAUGCAAGCAUCACCCGGAUUAAUAAUCUCUUUUCCAGAGAGAACUGUGGUUAUUUAAGGCUUGUUGUAAUUAGAAUAUCUGUAGCUCUGCCUUACUCUUACCAUAGUAUCAUAUGUAUAUGUUAUCAAUAACCCAGUAGCAAGUGUUCUUGAAUGUAUCUUUGCAAAUAUUUUGUUUUUUGACCUACGAUUUGCCCCCAAAGUGUCCAAUGAGCGGAACCUUUUAAAUUUCGUAAAAUGUGUCUCAGACCGAUCACUUGAGUGAGGUUGUAAGCCCUGGGAAGUGGGCGGGGCAGAGGGUGGGGUAUUUGAGGGGUUGCUAGUAUGCACAGGAGAGGGUGGGUGACAGCUGUCAUGCCAUGUUCCUGGUAAUUGGUAUUGAGUUGUAGCAAGACGCGCUCACCAGCAGAACAAUUUGAUAACGGUUUGUCCCGAGGGGGGACAACUGUUACCACUUUAGUAUCUUAAGUCGGGCCUUUCUUCUAAAUUGUAUUUCUAUUGUUUUAUUGUCCGGUAUAAUGAUAUUAUUCCAGUGUCAAGUCGAUUACGCAUCCAUUGACUAUUCAUUGUAUUUGUGUGUAAGUUAAUUAAAG